GAUCCGGCCGGCCGUUGGAGAGUCCCACUACAUGAAUGGCUUCAUUGAAAGUGGCAGGGCGGGCUCAUUAGCCGCCCUCAGCACAGGAGGGUUGUUCGCUUUCCACUCCGGACUGAGAAACACAGCACGCCCCGGGGGGGGGCAGGCGGAGAACCGUCUGCAAACUCCCCGGCCCAGGUCUCACUCCUGGGGUCUCCAACAUGUCCCUGAUGCUCAACAAUGUCUAUCAAGGAGGGAAAGCCUUUGGGUUACUUAAAGCCAAGCAGGAAGGCAGACUGGAAGAGAUCAACAAGGAGUUUCUCUGUGACCCAAAGUUUAGCGAUGAUGAGGAUUUGGAAGAAAAACUUGCAGUUUUUAAAGAAAAGUACAUGGAGUUUGACCUGAAUAACCAAGGUGAAAUCGAUCUGAUGUCCGUGAAAAGGAUGAUGGAAAAGCUGGGGGCCCCAAAGACCCACCUAGAGCUGAAGAAGAUGAUCUCGGAAGUCACUGGAGGGGUCAGCGACACCAUCUCGUACCAACAUUUUGUCAACCUGAUGCUUGGGAAACGCUCCGCAGUCCUCAAGUUGGUCAUGAUGUUUGAAGGAAAAGCUAAUGAAAGCGCCCCAAAGCCUUCAGGCCCGCCUCCUGAGAGAGAUAUCUCCAGCCUUCCUUGAAUAGGACAAAGAAGCCUCUCAAAGCCAAACCGGUCGGUUCCACAUCACUCACCUGAGUGGUUUCACCCGGGCUUCCUGCUUUGUUGCAUUGAUGCCAGACAGUCUUAGAAAGCAAUAAACUAACCCGCCUUUAGCACAAGGAGAGACAAGGGAAGUUCCGAGGAACUUCUCUUGGAGGAAUCCCUAGGUAGCCAUUUUUUUAUUUUGUAACUUUGCCUGAAUAGGCUCCCCUGCCUCGCCCUCCUUUUUCCAGGCUCCUCCAGAAAUCCUUUGAUUGUGCGUUCAUGAUGGUCUGAGUUGUCACACUUUCGAUACUGUUUGCACCUGCAAAUGUUUCCGGGCAGACAUACUGCUUUGUUUCAGAGCGUCCCCGUAGUUUCCUGCUGAAAUCCUGUAACUUUUCAUACUGCAAAUGUUCCAGGGUGGGUUUUUUUUGUCCCACUUUUGUUGCUUGCUGUCUAGCGCAAGAGUCCCCUCCAAAUGACAUCAAUGUGGUAACCCUGGGGGAGAACCGCAGAACAAGUAAUAAAGCAGGAUAAAAUGUGGAUGGUCCGGUAUAAACCCACCAAGGAUGCACUAUUGUUUGGUCGGUGACAAGUUGCAGAAUACACCUUUGAAAACCAUCCCAGUCUGGAGGGCUUCUCUCUCUCUCUCUCUCUCUCUCUCUCAAAGGGAUAGGUCAGUAGUGAAAAACGAAAAUGUGAAGCUGGAUGCAAAAUCCCACAUGGUACUUUCCUGACGAGAAAUGUCACUGAUGCUUUCCCAAGAUAAUCCCUACCCUUGCGACCAAUCUGUGGUGGUGAAUAACUCAUGAAACGCCAGAUCUGUAGCCAACAAGUGUCUUCCAGCUGCAUUUAAUGUUCUCAAAGCAGCCUUGUACGCAGAGCGGAGUGAGAGGAAGGUCCCUGCCUGCCAGGUGCCGUUUUGAACGCCAACGUUCCUCGCCCAGUGAUGCUGCUUUUACAGACUUGAGCAGCCAAGUGCCUUCUCUCUAUUGUUGCCUACCCUCUCCUGAUUUCUGUUUAUUUCUUUUCCCUCUGCACCUUCCUGGUCCUUUGAAAGCAGGUGAUCCUGCAGCCCAACACAAAGCUUUCUCCUGGCUUACAGGUUAUUAUUAGUAAUAUAAUUAUUAUUUGUUAAGAGAUGGUUCAGCAUUCCUUGCUGGUCUAGCAAAUGUGCCUCCUGUUGCAAAAGAUGUCAUGAUGGCCACCAACUUGGACGGCUUUAAAAGAGGAUUAAACAAAUCCUUGGGGUAUAAGGCUAGCAAUGGUGACGAUGGUUGUGCUCUACCUCCACUGUUGGGAGAUGGUAGGUCUCUGAAUACCAGUUGAUGGGAAUCACUAGUGGGGAGAGUGUUGUUGGACUCAGAUCCUGCUUGUGGGCUUCCCAUAAUGGGCAUCUGGUUGGCAGCUGUGAGCACAGGAUGCUGGACUAGAUGGGCCUCUGGCCUGAUCCAGAAGGGCUCUUACAUUUGCAUCACACAAGUUGCCAAUCCGAGAACGUUAGAUGUUCUUAACAGUGGUUCAAUUGGAUAAUUUAAACACUCUGGUCUUAUGGGCACCCUGUUCUUCAGAUUGCAAUCCCAAAGUUCUGCCCUGACACCAUCCCUAGCCCUUAACUUAAUUCCCCUGGCCUUAACUGUGGAUUUGUCCAUACGGAGUGCAAUUGUGAUCAUCCCAAGUACAGGAUGCCACUUCAGCACCAGUAAUUUGAAAAGCUACAGAUUGCCGAUGAAUUUGGGAAAGAAUAGGGUAAAAAAAAGGGGAUCCUAACUUUAGCAGAGAGGAAGAAGGCAUAUUCUGGAGAUGGCUUGUAGGCAGUAAAUAUAUCAUCCACUGACCAUCUAACUGGAGAGAAGACCCACCUGAGCUUUAUUUUGUUGUUGGAGUGGACUUCCUUAGUCACCUUCUCUUCCAAGGCACGAAGUUAGUUCAUGGAAGCUUACGCCCACCAAAUCGUGGUGUCAUGUGGAUGUUUUAUGAAGAUGAUGGUGCCCAUCCAACUAACUUCCCAACUAAAUCCAGCACAGCUGCAUGGCUUGGCUGGCUGUUGACAUGGCUUCUUUUUCAGCUAGGGUCCACCAGAAGCUAUUUGUUCCAGAAGCAAGACGGUUCUGUGCCAAAACUAUCCCUCAUGUUUCUUACAAACAAAACAACACCCCAAAAAGUGGAUGAGUUAAUUUUAUUUGUCUUCAUACUCCAGCUAUAGCCCUCAUCCUGCAAGUGAGCACCUCCAGGGAGGCUUAAUUUAUUUGCAUUUUGACUUCCAUGGGAAAUGAGCCUGAAUUUACAGUUGCAAAACUCAGAUCUUUUUGUUUUCCUUAACACUGCUCCAGCCUAACAGCCAAUUUUCAGCAAAAGGAUUCUCCCAGCAUUCAGGAAAGUGAAAUUUUCCUUGCUGCCCUCUUCUAUAUUUGUGGUGUCUUGAACUCGGGGUACUUUUCCUGUUUCCCCCUCCCUCCCCGUCUUCCUCAACACUUUUUGGUGGCGGUGGUGGUUUUUAAAACUCAUGCUUGUAAAUCCAUAUUUUAAAUAAAAAUAGCAAUCUGCUCA